AUGAGCGAGAAUAACAGUGAUAUUGAUUACUUUCAUGAGGAAGUGGAUGUAGAGGAGUUAGUGUCAUCCGUGUCAUCACAGGAGCCCCAAUAUGUGGUGCAUUGUGUAGAGACUGCCGCGGAGACGUUGAAACUUCUCAAGGAGUGGCAAAUGCCCUCUUCUGUGGUGCACAAAAUACUCGGUCUAAAUUUAACGGUGGAAGACAUCAGUAAUUUAAUUGAGAGCGAUUUGAACACAAUUUUUGCACCAGAUCAAUUGCGGGAUAAAAUCAGGUUCCGCACUUCAUUAAAUAAUUGGCGCAGACAUCUACCCACCGGAGCUGCUUCCUUAGAUUGCUGUGAAAAGGUGGUAUCAAGUGACCAAAGUGCAAGCUCUCACCAAAUUGAAAAGGCUACCUAUUACAUCCCUAGACCACCGGGUGGAUAUCCUCGAGGAACCUUUUAUGAUAAAUAUAGAAACUUGCGACGCAGUUACAUUAAGAAAGGUUACAUCAAUAAGAGAGCAAGAGUGAAGUCAGUCACUUAUGAGAUACAUGAGAGCGAAGAUUCAGAUCCUGCUGUUGAUCAAGGAUCCUCUUUACAUGAUCUUAAAUUGUGGUUGUCUUCUAAUUUUGAGCCACUCCAGCAGGUACAAGAAAAUUGGACUAACACUUUUCCUCUGAGAUGUCCAGCUGGACAGAAGCACUACGAGUUAACAAUCUCUGAGAUUAUGAGCGAAUGGCCAAUUCUCAAAACGGCAGUUGCAUCAAUCUUGAUUAAUUUGGAUUUUGCAAUAGUAAACCCUGUAGCAGGAUCAUUGGAAACACAUUGGGAAACUUUUUGCGGAAAAGUUCUUAAUCAUGUGUCUGGAAUUGGAAACAAGCACAAUGCUGAAAAUCCAGAUUCGUGGGACAUAGAGUGCAUGCUUGGACUCCAUAAAUUACUGCCUCCCAGUUUCAGUAAAACCGCAGGCAAGUCUGGAAAAAAAAAGUGGACGAUUGCAGAUAGCCAAAAGAGCCAAGUGCUCUUUAUUCCGGUUUUAAAUGAUCUUGAAACGGUUAUGAAUCAGCGCCGUCAAGAAGGUAAAAUACAACCGUUCGUCGUGAUAAUUGGGACUCAAGCACAACCAACUGGAUUUUUCGUAUAUUUGGACGGCCAUUUUCUAAAGUUCUCGAAGUUUGUAGAAGCUGUCGACAUUUGCUUCAAGAUCUUUCAUCUGUUCAACGUUGAGUACCCCGAUCAAAGUAUCACAGUUUGGGAAUUUAUAUCAAGGUAUUUCUAUCAAAUUAAAUCUACAACUAAACAAAUUCCUAAAGUUGAAAAUUUGCUGAACAAGUUCCAAGUGAAUUAAAAUGGCUUACAUUUGUUUCUUGUGCAAAAAUUGUUAUUCUACAGUAGAUAUAUUACUUUGGCACAUAAAAUCUAACCAUAAUACCUACAAAAAGAAAGACUUCAAAUUUUGCCAGAACAAUUGUUCACAAAUUUUUAAUCAAUUACGGCUGCUAGGAAGGCAUAUGAAGGUAACACACGCUAUAGAAAAAAAUCAAAGUAAUGCAACUGAAAAUGUUUUUGGAAAAGAAAGUGAAAAAAAUCAAAGUAGUAUUGAAAAAGAACUGGAAACGAUUGAAAACAGUAUUAUAGUUGAAGAGAUUGAAGAAAAUACUGCAGAAACUGAAGAAGUAAAUACCACUAUACCGAAUGAAGAGAUAAUCGAAUUUAUAUUAAAACUGCAUGAUAAAAACAAUAUUACCAGAAAAGAUGUUGUCUGGGUCUUAGAUAUAGUUUUAGAAUUGUUAUCUCAAGUCUUUAAAAAUGCUCCUAGUAGUUCUAUUUUUGAUAGUUAUAUUAAAAAAAUUGAGGAAUUAUUUAAAUCCGUAAACUCUGAAACGAAGUUUUUAACAUACCUUAAAAAAAGAGACUUAUAUCAAAA